GCCUCUACAGUAUUCACCGCAAUUGAAUGAUCGAAGGGAUGGGGCGGCCCAUUCAUUCUGAUUUCUGACCAGGUCCAUUAAUUAAUAUAUUUGGCUCCUGUAUCUGCCUCGAACUCGAUCAUCUUCCUCUCCUUCAUACAACUACAAGCGCACUGAACAAAGAAGGGAAAAUGGUGAUCUCAGGCGCUGGCGAGGUGUCUACCAAGUCUGCAUCGGAUUUUGACCGAAUGAAAGAAUUGAAGGAAUUUGAUGACUCGAAAGCUGGUGUUAAAGGACUCGUAGACUCUGGGAUUGUGAAGGUCCCUCGUAUAUUCAUCGACCCAUCACUUAAAUCCGAUGAGAAGCUGGUUAUUUCAAGUGAGAAACGUUCUACGAUUCCGGUCAUAGACCUGAGUGGCAUCCACGAAGAUGCUGUUCGACGGAAAGACGUCGUCGACCAAGUCCGACAUGCAUCGGGGACAUGGGGCUUCUUUCAGGUGGUGAAUCAUGGAAUCCCUACCAGUGUUUUGGAUGAGAUUCUUCAAGGGGUUCGUAGAUUCAACGAGCAAGACGUUGAUGUAAGAAAGAGAUUUUACAGUCGCGACACCAAGAAAAAGGUGGUUUACAAUAGCAACUUCGUUUUGUAUCAGUCAGCAGCAGCUAAUUGGAGGGAUACCUUGUAUUGCGUCAUGUCUCCUAAUCCUCCGAGCCCUGAAGAAAUUCCUCAAGUGUGCAGAGAUAUAAUGAUCCAAUACUCAGGGCAGGUUGAAAGAUUGGCAGUUACAUUGUUGGAGUUACUGUCUGAAGCUUUGAUGCUUAAACCAAGUCACCUAGUAGACAUGGGGUGUGCCGAGAGUCAUGCCAUUUUAUGUCAUUACUACCCUGCCUGCCCAGAGCCUGAAUUGACAAUGGGAACCAGCAAGCAUGCCGACAACGAUUUUAUGACCAUCCUUCUACAAGACCAGAUUGGUGGCCUCCAAGUGCUGCAUCAAAACCACUGGGUUGAUGUGCCCCCUCUGCGUGGGGCUCUAGUAGUCAACAUUGGAGAUCUUUUGCAGCUUAUUUCAAAUGAUAGACUUAGAAGCGUGGAACAUAGAGUAGUUGCAAACAACGUAGGCCCCAGAGUGUCGGUGGCUUGCUUCUUCCCUACAUCGGUUCAGGAAUCCAUCAAGAGGUAUGGCCCAAUCAAGGAGUUGCUAUCAGAGGAGAAUCCCCCUAUUUACAGGGAAAUUACGAUCCCAGAGUUUAGUUCAUACUUCUAUUCAAAAGGACUUGAUGGCAGCCCUAUGUUAGAUCAUUUCAAGUUGUGACGACUGACGAGACGUCGUCUAUACAUUCAUAUAUUUACCUCUUCGUCUCUCUACUCUACUCGUUGAUUGAUGAGAAUGCGUAAGUUCAAGCACAUGAAAUUGUUUUAGUCUACUGUUUUCGAUGCUCGUGGUCGUGGUCGUGGGUGGCGUUCGGACUUAACCGAAGCACUAUCCUAGUAUCCUAUGGUAAAUUUGGUUUUUUAAAGAGUAGAGAUAAGAAAACUCUAAUUAUAGAAUAAAUUUGUGGAAAAAAGGCAAAUUAUUUGUAUUUAUUGGAUACCUGUGCCUCAUGAUGUUUUUAAUUUAAGUUCUUCACAGAUUGUUCGGUGUUGAUUUUAUUCAACGAAAUGUAAUAGGAUUUUUGAACUACAUUUUAAGUUUUUAACAGA